AUGCCGGUAACCCAUGCCGAGGAUAGGAUCAUGCUGAAGAACCACUGGGGCGCUACCGCAGAUAUCUUACUCUACGGUGCGACAGUCAUCUCCUGGAAGUCCCCCGAUGUAGACUCGUCCAUACCGGAGGAAAGGCUCUUUACAUCGUCUAAGGCCCUGCUCGAUGGCUCGAAACCCGUUCGCGGCGGGAUCCCUAUCGUCUUUCCGUGCUUCGGCCCUCCUGAACAUCCUGAUCACCAGAAGCUGUCUCAACAUGGUUUCGCGCGCAGCGAAGUGUGGAACUUUGACAGCAUUGUGAUGGAUAACGAAGCAGGCGUGUCUGUUCGACUCACGCUUACCCCUCGCCCAAGCAUCACCGCAGUUUACAACAAGCCCUUCGAGUUGGCAUACGUCGUAACCCUCUCCAGACACCAAUUGAGCACUGACCUUCACGUAACUAAUCCUUCGGAUAACGAACCCCUCGAGUUCCAGGCGCUCCUCCACAACUAUAUCCGUGGACCGGCCAAGAACCUCUCCGUUCACCCUCUCGAGGGAAAGCGCUACACGGACAAGGUUGAUAAAGCGGUUAAGGAGGAGACCCGUGAGGCCGUAGACGUCAGAACUUUCACGGAUUCGGUCUACGAGGACACAGACGACGAGAUCAGGGUUACCUGGGGCAGUCGUGGUAUCGUGCUCAACAAGACGAACUUCCCCACGCUGACGGUCUGGAACCCAUCCUCAGAGGCCGGCAGAAAGCUCGCUGACAUGGAGGACGGCGGCUGGGAGAGGUUUGUGUGCGUUGAGCCUGGUUAUGUCAAGGGUUUCAAGAAGAUCGCUCCCAAGGAGCGCUGGAUCGGACAGCAAACUAUGACCGUCCUCUGA